AGAUAGUAUCAAUUCGUAGAACUUAAAUAUACCUACUAAUACCUACCUAUUAUAGUACUAUACUCAGGCAAUAAACUCCCGUAGAGUCUCGCAGCCUCAUAAGUAGGCAGCCAACAGACCCUCAAAAAAACUACCUGGCCUACUAAACCAAAGAUCCUAACACUAGACCCUGCAGGAGUGGGACUCGGUAUUUGAAGUCCCGACCGGCAACUUUGAUAGGAUUCCGAUUCGCGGCGCACUGCAUUUCACUACCUACCUCACUUCAAUACACCUUCCUUUAACCUCCCUAUAUUAACGACCGCGUACUUCCUAACCCAGGAGCACAAUGGGCAUCAUCAGGACCGCGCUCCUCACAAGCCUGUACGGCGUGACCGGCGGCGUCGCCAGCGUCGGCGCGGGGAUGGCCUACCUCGCCGCCUCCACCACCCUCGUCGACCUCACCAAGAGCGACCCCAUGUUCAAGACCAAGACCUACGCCAGGUACAACCCCAAGGACAACCCCGCCCUCCAGGACGUCGUCAUCAAGCGUGUCCCGCUGUCCAAGAUCCGCCCCGAGCUGCGCGACAGCGAGGAGGCGCUCACGCUCGAGUUCUGCCGUGGCGUGUGGAGCCGCUGGGGCUUCUGGCCCCAAAGCAAAUUCCACGCGCGCUACGACCACCCCCCCGGCCUCACAGACACGCUCUGGUCGACCUCCGACCUCGCCGUCGCCACCUACCCCCCCGGCCUGAAAUUCUCAAACCACUUCGAGGUCGUCGGCAACGAGGGCGCCGAGAUCGUCGUGCGCUGCGGCGGGUCCCCGCUCGAGCCCGGCUUGCGGAACUCGGACGGCUUGGUCUUCAUCAGCGCGCGCGUCGAUCGCGAGAGCGAGGUCGCGGAGUUCAGGCUUAAGUCGGCGUUGUUUAAUAGCGCGGCGGAGGGGAAGGGGAAGGGGAAGGGGGAGGGGGAGAAGCACCCGAUUCCGCCGAAGAUUGAGUUUCUGCAUACGUGGUAUGUGCGUAUGCUGGUGCAGAGUGCGGUGGGGAAUGUGAAGGCGUGAGGGGAGGGGAGGGGAUGGGGAUGGGGGAGAUAGGUGCUAGGUAGGCAGAUGUGCAUAGAGGGCCUGAAAUGUGGUGGUUUUUGGGAUGUGCUUGGAUGAGUGGGUGAGUGGAGGUGGGAGUUUAUACCCUCGAUAUUCUAUCCUAUAGCCUUUUUCUCUGGUUGACUUCACGUGGUUCAUGUCAGAUCGAUACCUAUCUAUGUACCUACUCAACUAAUUAAUCAAGUAAAGAUCAUGCGCUCGUCUCGACAGAUUCAAUAUCUCUUUUACUCACUCACUCACUCACCCAUCCGUCACAUCACCCUAAUGGCAUUGGGAGUCCUAUCUCAGGAUUGCCAUUCGUCACCCAUAUCAUUCCACUACCUAGGUACCUACCUAGCAAGAACACACCAAAAUCAACAC